AUGUUGCCGAAGUUCGAUCCAACAGACCCAAAAGCUUGCUUGGCACUUCUUGAGGAUGUGACCACUAACGCAAAGCAGAUUCAAGAUUCCGUGUUGGAAGCAAUACUCUCACGUAAUGCUCAAACCGAGUAUCUUAAAGGUUUCCUCAACGGUCAAGUCGAUAAGCAGAGCUUCAAGAAGAACGUACCAGUUGUGACCUACGAGGAUAUCGCUCUUAUAUCGAUCGUAUCGCUAAUGGAGAGCCCUCUGACCUCAUCUGUGAUCGACCCAUCACUGUUCUCUUGUCCAGGAAGCGAGUGUUUUUGCAGCUCAGGUACAUCAGGAGGAGUUCCAAAGUUGAUUCCUUUGACAGCAGAGGACUUGGAACAGAGGCUACUGUUUUCAUCUCUCUAUGCACCUCUGCUUUACAAGCACAUAGAAGGGCUUAGUGAAGGGAAGUCUCUCAUGUUUUACUUUGUGACUCGAGAAGGCGAGACUGCAUCAGGCUUGAUGGUCAGGACUAUGGUAACAACUGUUUUGAAAAGCCUGAAUCAGUCCAAUUCAUUUAUUUGGGAUCGAAUGCAGAUAAGCCCGCAUACGAUUUCGACUUGUGAGACAUUACACAGAGCAUGUACUGCCAACUUGCUUUGUGGGCUUGUACAACGAGAAAACGUAGCUCGCCUUGGUGCAACCUUUGCUUCUUCUUUCCUCAAAGUAAUCAAGUUCUUGGAAGAUCACUGGGAUGAGUUAUGCUCCAACAUAAGGACUGGCCGGCUCAGCGACUGGAUCACAGACCCCCAUUGUGUUUCAGGGAUGGGUAAGUUCCUCACCACUCCAAAUCCAGAGCUAGCGAGCCUAAUCGAGCAAGAAUGCAAGAAAACAUCAUGGGAGGCAAUAGUGAGGAGACUAUGGCCAAAUGCAAAAUGCAUCGAAGCCAUUGUGACCGGCUCCAUGGCACAGUACAUUCCAAUGCUGGAAUUCUACGGCGGUGGUCUUCCUAUAAUUUCAACGCUUUACGGCAGCUCUGAAUGUUUCCUUGGUUUCAAUGUCAAUCCUUUGUCCAAGCCUUGUGAUGUGUCUUACACUGUCAUUCCAAGUACGGCAUACUUCGAGUUCUUAGAGGUCGACAAAGAACAUCAAGAGGCUGGUCAUGAUCCAACAAAGAAGCCUGCGGUGAUCGAUCUUGUGGAUGUUCAAGUUGGCAAUGAUUAUGAACCUGUUGUCACAACGUUUUCUGGUUUGUAUAGGUACCGUUUGGGGGAUGUUUUGAGAGUGACUGGUUUCUACAACAAUGCGCCACAAUUUCGAUUUGUGGGAAGACAGAAAGUGAUUCUGAGCAUCGACAUGGACAAGACCUACGAAGAAGACCUCCUCAAGGCAGUGACAAACGCGAAGCUCUUGCUCGAGCCACAUGGCCUAAUACUCGUAGAUUUCACUAGCCUUGUGGAUUCCUCCUCGUUUCCAGGACACUACGUGCUCUACUGGGAACUCGGUAGCAAAUUCAAGGACGCAAAGCUCGAGCCUGACCCGGACGUCUUGGAAGAUUGCUGCUUCACCGUCGAGGAGUCUCUCGACGCUGUUUACAGAAAAGGACGAAAGAAUGAUAAGAACAUUGGACCGCUUGAGAUUAGGGUUGUUAGGCGUGGAGCUUUCGACGAGCUCAUGAAUUUCUUCUUGUCUCGUGGCUCGUCCGUGAGUCAGUACAAGACGCCAAGGUCAGUGACGAGUGAAGAAGCCUUGAAGAUAUUGGAGGCUACGGUUGUUUCCAAGUUUGUUAGCCGGAAAACUCCGUCGUGGGAGCUGCAUGAGCUGCAUUCCACCAGAUAA